AUGCCUCACUGGGGGCCACAUCCCAGGGGUGCCCCGCAGGGUGGUGACACCCGUGUCCCCCUCCCCAGGGACAAUGUCUACCGCGUGAGCCUGGAGCCCACCGGUGCUGGCGAGAUGCGCUACCACCGGAAGCUGACGUGGCGCUCGAACCAGCACGACAUCAGCAUCUGCCGGAUGAAGGGGAAACACGAGGCAGAGUGCCGUAACUUCGUCAAGGUGCUGCUGGUGCGGAACGAGAGCCUGCUCUUCAUCUGUGGCACCAACGCCUUCAACCCCGUCUGCGCCAACUACAGCAUGGACACGCUGGAGCCCAUCGGGGACAACAUCAGCGGCAUGGCCCGGUGUCCCUACGACCCCAAGCACGCCAACGUGGCCCUCUUCACAGGGGGGAUGCUCUUCACCGCCACCGUGACGGAUUUCCUGGCCAUCGACGCCGUCAUCUACCGCAGCCUGGGGGACAGCCCGACCCUCCGCACUGUCAAACACGACUCCAAAUGGUUCAAAGAACCCUACUUCGUGCACGCCGUGGAAUGGAGGAGCCACGUCUACUUCUUCUUCCGAGAGAUCGCCAUGGAGUUCAACUACCUGGAGAAGGUGGUGGUGUCUCGGGUGGCCCGGGUGUGCAAGAACGACAUGGGGGGCUCGCAGCGGGUGCUGGAGAAGCAGUGGACCUCCUUCCUCAAGGCCCGGCUCAACUGCUCCGUGCCGGGCGACUCGCAUUUCUACUUCAACGUCAUCCAAGCCGUGACGGACAUCUUGGAGCUGGAUGGGCGCCCCGUGGUGCUGGCUGUCUUCUCCACGCCUGCCAACAGCAUCCCCGGCUCGGCCGUCUGCGCCUUUGACAUGACCCAAGUGGCCGCCGUCUUCGAGGGACGUUUCCGGGAGCAGAAAUCACCCGAGUCCAUCUGGACACCAGUGCCCGAGGACAUGGUGCCAAAGCCCCGGUGAGUGACAUGCCACUGGGAUGGGGCUGGGGAGAGCCAGGCUGGAACCAGCAAGA